AUUCUGGGUUGAUAGAAGACCGUGAUAGAAGACCCUAAUCGUGGGCCAAUCAGUGGACAGGAUCACAGUACGGACACUUCAGUCUUGAACUCAAUCAAGGAAUAGUCGCUGUCGGCUUGAGCGAGCAAAAUUUUUGUGUAAAUCAAUUCACAUAGAAAAAAAUAAGUAUACAUAACUUCCGGGCCAGGAUAUAACGAUCUUUUUCCUUGUGUAUUAGUUGGUGAAAGUGUUAUUUUAAAAGAGCUACAAAAAUGUCAGACAGAAAGGCUGUGAUCAAGAAUGCUGAUAUGUCUGAGGAGAUGCAGCAGGAUGCUGUUGACUGUGCAACUCAAGCCCUUGAAAAAUAUAACAUAGAAAAGGAUAUUGCAGCCUUUAUUAAAAAAGAAUUCGAUAAAAAAUAUAAUCCAACGUGGCAUUGCAUUGUAGGUCGUAAUUUUGGAAGCUAUGUGACACAUGAAACAAGACAUUUUAUCUAUUUUUAUCUGGGUCAAGUAGCGAUUCUCCUUUUCAAGAGUGGAUAAAUUGGAAUCUAUUCUGUAAUCACCAUCCUUUCUUCCUCCCUUCACACAUGCUACAUGGAAAUACCUUAAGUCACAUCACUGUCUGUAAGAGAAAUUACAAUAUUGUGUAUAAUGAAAAUUUGUUUUGCAAACAAGAUAUGCACUCCCAGUUAAACAAAAAAAGUAUAAGUAUAUAACAACCAUCAAUACUAUUGACUUUGCUGUUUUACUUAUCUCAGGAGAUAAGACAAUGAUGAAAAAUUCUGUAGAAGCUAUGGGGAAAAAGGGUAGGGAGAUGAUUAACUGAAUGAGAAGAAAAUGAAAAAACUCAAAACUGAAAAAAAUCAAUUGACAUACAAUCUUACAUGUUAAAAUGUAUCAUGUAUGCCAGAAAAUUUGUUGUGUUCUUGUUUUAUAUUAGGUAUAUAUAAUGCGAAGUUGAGUUCAAUACUGGCGAUUUUAAAUUAAUAAAUUUUUAGUGUUUAAUACACUAAGUGCAUCUAAGUAUAAUGUAAUGUUCAUACAAAUUCAUGUAUGAUUUUUAUUAUCUUACUAUGCUUGAGGAAACUGUAUCCAGUAGUCAUCAAUAAUGAAUGUAAGCCAAACCUUGAUUGAUUGCUGCGAUCAUUAUUAUUUUACGUAAUGUUGUAAAUUAUCCCUUUAUUCUGUGAUGCUAUAUAAACAAAAACGGUUACAAAAUCAACUUUGAUUCGUUUGAAUCCUGACAUGACAAUUUUUACAUCUAUAAAAAUUCGAGAAUUGGAGAUUGAGAGAAAGCUUAAUUAUCGACAUGCACCGAAUUAAAUAAAAUUAUUUAAAUUUACACAGCACUAAGUAAGAUGUUGCAUAAUAUUGAAAGCGAGUCAUUAUCAUAAUUUUAAUUUUUUAUAUUGUGCACACUGAAUUUUGCAAAUGUAUUAUUCAUAAGUCAA